AUGGCUUCAGAAAUGGAGGCAGCCCCCGUGCUGUCGACGCCUGAUGCUCGCAUUCUUGAAGAAACUACGCCUGUGGCCACCUCCGAUGCGACACAACCGCUCCCCGACGAGGAACUCUCCAUCACCUAUGAUAUUGAGCGCACCCUGAAAGAGAUCCGCCAGGCGCGGUACAAGCGCAUCGCCCUCCAGUUUCCCGAUGACAUGCUUCCCGAUGCUCCUCGAGUCUUCCAAUUACUGAGCCGUGGGCUUCAAUCGGACGAAUACACCGCGGCAAGUGGUACAUCUCCAACGCAGCCAGAUGGUGGCGGGGCUGAUGCGGAAGGCAACCUUGCCCGGGAUGUGUCUCAAUUAUCAGUGGAAGAGACGGAGCAGUGGUCUCCGAAGUUGUAUAUCCUGGCGGACACCUCGUAUGGCCUUUGCUGUGUCGACGAAGUAGCCGCAGAGCAUGUGGAUGCAGAUGUCGUGGUCCAUUACGGAAGAUCGUGUCUUUCUCCGACGGCGCGAUUGCCCGUCAUCUACGUUUUUACCAACAAGCCCCUGCCUGUUAAUCCUCUCAUCCAGGCUUUCAAGGCGACCUACCCGGACCCGACCACCAAAGUUAUCAUCGCGGCCGACGUCACCUACUCCGAGCAUGUUCAGACGGUAUACAGACGUUUGGUGGAGGACGGAUACACCGAGUUAUUUGCCACGGAAAUCGUGCAUGAGCCUUCAUCGGCCAUUCCGAACCGCACAGUGCCAGAGUCCGUUAGUGAAUUGCCUGGGACAUUGUCGGAAUGGCAGCUGUUCCAUAUCUCCGAUCCCCCAACCGCCCUGCUCUUGACCCUUGCUUCGCGAGUUGCCGCCAUUCACAUUUACCCCACGAAUCGCCCAAGCAACGACAAUGUCAAGCCUCUGCCGGCCUCCACUGCGGCUGCAUUACGCCGGCGCUAUGCUAUUCUCACAUCCCUGACUACGGUGCCCAUCUGGGGCAUUCUGAUUAACACCCUUAGUGUGAAGAACUAUCUGCACAUCGUGAACCACGUGAAGGAACAGAUCGCUGCGGCAGGCAAGAAAAGUUACAUGUUCGUGGUGGGUAAGCUCAACGCAGCCAAAGUCGCCAACUUCAGUGAAAUUGGUGGCUGGGUUGUCAUUGGUUGCUGGGAGAGCUCGCUGGUGGAUAGCAGGGACUUCUGGAAGCCUGUCAUCACCCCGUUCGAACUGGAGAUGGCUCUGAAGGGCGAUGCCGAGCGGGUGUGGACUGGCUCAUGGCAGAGUGACUUCCAGGCCGUCCUUGACAAGCCUGCCGAGGAAGCGACAGCUCAAGACGGCGCCAAUGCAGACGGAGACGAGGGAGAGGAUGAUUUAUCGGAACCCGAGAGUGCACCGCCCGAAUUUGACCUGCGUACUGGUCGUUACGUCUCUCAUUCCCGGCCGAUGCGUGAUCCCGCACCCCGCGCUUCUGCUCAGAUCGACGGAUCGAAUGGCCCAUCCGCCGCUAGGGCUCUGGCAAGACGGGCGAAGGGUGAGUUGGCGAUGAUCGGCGGCACGGUGUCCCCAGGGGCAGAGUACCUGCGGUCCCAGCGGACAUGGAAGGGGUUGGGCAGCGAUUUCGAUAUCCGAUAUGAUGAGGAGGACCCGGACAGCACUCUGGUCAAGGAAGGGCGCAAGGGCAUUGCGAGGGGGUACACGGUUGGCGAGGGUAACAAACACUAG